AUGGUUGAUACACCGAAGAAACGACGCACGGACCGGUCACCAGAUAGCGCAACGGCGCCAAAGCGGACGCGCAUACACUCAACUAGCCGAUCUACUAGAUCUGACACGCAGCCGAGGCAAGAUCGAGAAAGCUCCCUGUCGAAAGAUGAGGACUGGGUUUUUCGCAUCAAAGUCUUAUCGGCUACCACCAGCCUCAAUGAUGAGCUCUUCAAAGACGCAGUAAGAGGCUUUGCCCGUAUCUGCUUCCCUGAUGGUAUUCUGAAGCAGUUGGGACAACAUGUCGUGGAACAGCACAUGCGCGAAAAACAAGCCAAACCAGCAAAUAUACAGCGAACGAUAGAAGCCUUUCAGCCGGAGAUGAUACGCCGUUUGACAGGCAUGCUAGCUGGGUACUUCGAUACACCCGGUCAGGUAGUCUCGGCUGUACAGGUCGCGCUUGGAGAACGACACGAGACUCAAAAUAACGAAGAAACCAUGGACUCUAGCAAUAUUAUCGUUGAGCAAUCUCGUUCCCCGAAGAAAAAGAGGCGCAGUCAUAGUAGGAAGCUUCAAGACGCUACGCCAUCACGCGAUUACGAUAACAACUUGGACGGCGUUUUCGUAGAUGUGGAAUGCCCAACAACCCCAGCAGAAAAUACCGUCUCCAAUUUCAGCACGGUUUCUCAAAGACAGAAGGAUAAGAAGAUUUCAUCCACAUGGGACUGGAAUAUUGACCCUGAUGAAGUCACUGAAGAAGCUAUACAACAUGCCUUCCCACGUACUGCUGAUCUGUUCGCAUAUCAUACUUUGCCUACCACCCAACAAAUGCUGGGACCCACAGCAUCGAGAAAGGAGAUGAGGCUUGACAUGCGAUCACUGCUGAACGGCAUGUCCCAAGAGGAAUUCCAGAAGUGGGUUGAAAGCUUGGAUAAGCUUCGCAAAGGCAACCGCGGAAUGUUGGUCCGGCCAGAGCUCACUCUAAUGAACAAUGGUCAAUUGUCCCGUAAUGCGCAGGUGGUGACCGACCUGAUUUUUGGCCCUUGGCCCGCAGUAACUGUACUAAACCGAAGAGAUAUGAGGGAGCGCAUCUUGAAGAUACUAAAGCAACGAGGGAUUUCAGAAGUGUCAGUUGAGCCGGUGAAGUUCAAGAAGGUUUGUCAUAACCACCAGACUCAAACCCCUAAAGGGCGCGCAUACAUGGAACGCAUCCUCCGUCACUUAGUCUUUUUACACAAAGACAAAUUUACCGAGUUGAAAGCAACACCGGUUGUCAAGGAGUGGGAACGAAAGACAGGCCUGGAAUGGUGAAGCUCGGCACGGGGCUGCAAUCGUGGCCAAUGAGAGUUUGGGCAAGCAGCUCGGUAUCUGAUUCUAAACAUUAGGGCGCGAGGGU